AUGAAUCCUGAAUAUGACUAUCUCUUCAAGCUUUUGCUUAUUGGUGAUUCUGGUGUUGGCAAGUCUUGCUUGCUUCUAAGGUUUGCUGAUGAUUCCUACCUCGAUAGCUACAUCAGUACCAUUGGUGUUGACUUUAAAAUCCGCACAGUCGAGCAAGAUGGGAAGACCAUCAAACUCCAGAUUUGGGAUACGGCAGGUCAAGAACGUUUCAGAACCAUCACUAGCAGUUACUACAGAGGAGCUCAUGGAAUCAUUGUGACUUACGAUGUAACAGACCAAGAAAGCUUUAACAAUGUCAAGCAAUGGCUAAAUGAAAUCGACCGCUACGCCAGUGAGAAUGUGAACAAGCUACUUGUUGGGAACAAGAACGAUCUCACGUCCCAGAAAGUUGUAUCCACUGAGACAGCUCAGGCUUUCGCAGAUGAACUUGGCAUCCCAUUCCUGGAAACAAGUGCCAAGAAUGCUACCAAUGUCGAAGAAGCUUUCAUGGCCAUGACCGCUGCAAUCAAGACAAGGACACCUCAACAUCUGUUGUUUCUUCAUCGUCUGUGCUUGUUUUUCCAGUAA